ACUUUAUGUAUUAUUUUAAGGAUCUAAAAAAAGCCCAUAAACCUAGUAUGGAAUCAAGUUUUUGUGCAAAUUAAUUUAAACAAGCGAUUUUUACAUCUCACAGUUAUGACUUUAAGGAAAAUUUUUAUUUAAGUCUGACCAAAUAUGUAAAAGAACAACUUUAACAAAAUGGCAACAAUAGGCAAGAUUCCAAUGUUUUUACUUUUUUACGUCAUCACUUUUCUCAACAUUAAACUUACACAUCAGGUUGACGGAGUUGUCAAAAGGGUCGUUCGUGUUGACAAUUUUUUGGUUGAUGGGAGGAAUCCUUUGGACCUCGUUAAGUGUCCUGACAACUCAAGUUUCUAUUACCUCCAGGCCUACGGAGUUUGUAAGGCUGAUGUGAAUAACAUUAGUGACGAUACUAAGGUCUGGUUCCCUGCUGACCACGUACCUGCUGAUAAAAGAGCCGGCCAGGACACUGCUGAGAACAACAAGGUAUCCGCUAACCCUCUGAUAAAGGCCUACUACAAAUAUUGUGAGACCUUUUUUAACGAAAAGAAAAAGUGCUCCUUAUCUAUUAACAAGGUUGAAGAAGGCGAAGAUCGUUUCAAAACUGAAGACGGUCUAACUUGUGCUUAUCAAGGGAAAUCCAUCUUCAAUGGCGUUCUUUUCUGCAUCCAGAAUGAGGGUUCUGCUGUUAAAGAGGGUGAGGAAGUGACUCUGGUUGGUUUUAGGGGUGUUCCUUUGGAGCCAGUGUGUCCUGAGGAUCGCAAGAUCAAGACCGUAACAGCCUUUAUCUAUGGUCCAAAGCUGACGAAUAAGGGUUUUGUUGAAUCUUUUUACGGAGAAGCCAAGGAUAAAUGCGACGGAAACGAAAGCUGCUCUCUUGAGUUUGAAGAUACUGGCCGUUUCCUCAGAUACAGGCUUUACACCUACAGAUGCGUUGAAUAACACUUAUCCCUGCUCCAAUAAUUUAUCGUAUCAUGUA